AUGGCUUCAUUAGCAAUAAGAAUAUCUCUUCGGCGGAUAUCAAAAGCCGUUUCGAUUCCAGCUGCGAAAGAAAAUCCCCACAGACGUAAGAAUAACGUAACGUUUUAGAUAAUUCUUUAUAUUUUAGCUCCUCCAAAGCCCGUCUAUAUUACGCCGAUGUCUUGUGAUGCAAGUUACCUUUCAAACAAUUCAUUACUUUGAUAUUUAGGAGAUUUGCCGUGAAUAUCGUGAGAAAAUCCACAAAAUGACCACCAUCUUGAUGGCUGCGGAAGAAAAAAGGAUGCGAAAGACGAGGGUGCAAGCGAAGAAGCAAGCAGAAUUCAAGAAUCUGCUUGAGGAAGUGGUAUGCGGUGACUCUGGACGUAGUCGAUUGAUUUCUGUUGGCUCUUUGGUUACGAGUUUGGCCGUGGAGGAUUCCUCAGAUUACGAUUUUUGUUUGCUGCCGAAGGAUAUUUCAUUUUACCGGGAUUUCUUUCAUAAUCACAAUUUUAAACGGUAAUUUUUCAAUUUUCGUUUAUGCUUCAGUCAUGGGUUUUCGUAUGUUCACCGUGACACCUACUAUAAAAUCUUAUUCUUUUCAGGGUAUUUAUGGACUCAGUGAUGGAAUUACUCUCUCAAUUACAACUCAAGGACCCUAAUCUCGCUUUCUCUGCCCCUCCUUUCCCAUUAUAUCGUGCGCAUGUGCCUUUAGUUUGUUGUUUUUUCACCAGUGGUCUUAGUAUUGAUAUUCAAUUUCCCGAUGAGAACUUCCAUGCCAUACGGAAUACCAAUCUUGUCAGACACUACGCUGCCGUAAGUUGUAUUUUCUUAUAUAAAAUACCUUAUUUGGUGUUUAAUUUUUAGGUAGAUCCAAGGUUUCGGCAGCUAUAUUUGUAUGUGAGGGCGUUAUUCAACCGAUUAGGGAUACGAAAUAGUAAAGACGGGUAUCUUUCGAGCUAUCAUAUAUUGUUACUGGUUAUCCAUUUUCUUCAAAGCAGAACGGUAACAAUUUUUAAUUCUUUUUAUCAAGAAUAAUGUAAUUCUUCCAUUUUUUUGUUUUUUAGUCUCCCCCGGUCCUACCCGUGCUUAGUUUGACGCAUAAGGAUAAGGUUGGCAGCCAGCUACCCUUGGAAACUCUGCUUGAAAUGUUGGAGAUCCCUCUGGAAGAUCUGAUUGAUUGGAAAAGUGAUAACAAAAAAUCAGUUGGACAGUUGGCGAUAGAUUUCAUGGAGUAUUACGCAACUUUGGACACGCAAACAAACGCCAUUCAUAUUCGAUUUGGAAAAGUUGUGAAAAAGUAAUUUUUUUAUUUUUUUUAUGUUCAAAAUUUAGACGUCAACUGCCCGGAGAUUCCCGACUUUUGAUGUAUGAUCCCUUCUCCAAAUUCACUGUAGCGAGAGCUUCAAAGAUCAGCGAAGCCCUAAGGAUGGGGAGUACUUAUGUUUACAAUAGGAUGUGCAAAGGUAAGGUCGCAUAUUUCAAUUUGUUUUAUCCGUGAAAUUUCAGGUCAAUUUUUGGAUUCGUUUCCCGAUUUCCCAGAAGCCGAGGAAUUCAAAAUAGGAAAUAUUAGGUGA